AUGGCUCUCGUUGUUCGUGCUUAUCGUACAGACCACUGCACUUGUGCUCACUUUACGCUACUCACAAACCCAGAAAACAAGCGCACCAAGGUAUGUUUCUUCGACCGCCGUCACUGUCGCCGAGAUCAUCAAGUAACAUAUCAAUUGAAAAUCCUCACAACAGCGUUUUUCUCGGUUGCUCUGUUGGGAAGGAGAUUGAACGGGAUGCAAUGGUUAUCGCUAAUUUUAUUAACAGCUGGAAUUGCCUUAGUACAGUUAGCUAAAACUUCGAGUAAUGUAACUCUUGGAGCACCGACUUCGUUUUUGCGGGUCGAUUUUGACCAGAUGGUUGGAUUGCUUGCCGUUAUUGCAGCAUGUUUUUCAAGCGGAUUUGCUGGUGUAUAUUUCGAAAAAGUACUGAAAGGUACAUCCGUGUCGCUUUGGAUGCGAAAUCUUCAGCUUGCUUUCUUCAGUAUUUUUGGUGGCUUUUUCAUGGUAUGGUUGUACGAUUCUGCGAAAGUUAAUCAGCACGGAUUUGCUGCUUCACUCUCGAUCAUUGUAUCGAGCAUUUUUUCUUACUGGUUGCUGGCCGAUUUUCAGCCUUCACUGUAA